CUGGAGGCACGCGCAACUGGCACACAUCCUCCAUCGUAUUCCCGUAAAAUCAACCUUUUGCUCAACCAUACAAGUGAUUGUAGGAGGUCUUUAUUUGGGUGUACGCCGUCGCAUAGAGUGUGGUUUAUGUGGUCCGUAUCCGAGGCAGCACAUUUGAAAAUGAGCGGGAAAUAACCAAUGGCUGUCACUUUGUCACUAGCUGAUCGCCUGAGCAGUGCCUCUGCCAAUGGAAAUUUACCAGAGGUUUUAUUGUUGCUGCAAAGUGGAGCUCCUGUCAAUGGAAUGAAUAUUUUCAAAAGGACUGCAUUACAGGUCGUCAAAUUGAGCAGCACUGCGGUAGUCGAGGUCCUCCUGGAUGCCGGGGCUGACCCCAACCUCCGCGACCCGGUCCUCGGCCUCACGGCCACCCACGACGCCGCCCGUGAAGGUUUCGCAGACACCGUCCGGGCGCUGCUGGCUCAUGGAGCGGACGUGAACCUCGCGGACGAGCGUGGGAACCUCCCGCUGCAUUUGGCCGCCAAGUGGGGCCGCGUUGAGGCGGUCCGGGUUCUCGUGGGAGCCACCGUGGACCCCUUGACGGCAAAUGUUGAUGGACACACCGCGGAGCAGUUGGCGCUUCUUAGCGGGUACGGUGACACGGCCGCCUGCAUCCGCAGCUACCUUCGCUAAGCCUAGGAGAUUUGAUGAAGAUCUGGCUUGGAUGCGCGCCUCUUUCUGCUUGUUUUUCCUCAACUGAUACGAGAACAUUUGCAAUGUUGUUAAAAUUCCCAUCAAGUUGUCUUGAUAAAGGUAAGAAAAAAUGACAGUGUUAAACAACGUAAUUGUUUCAAAUGGUUUUAUUUUGAUUGUGCCGUUAUAAUUACAGAGGAACGUCCAAAGUUGGUUGACUUGCAAGUUGUUCGAAUUUUAAACUUUUUUUCCCCGCCAAUCCUAUGUGUCAUAAAGCUGGUUUGCACUCACGCGGUUUAAGAAUACACAAGCACGCGGCACAAGAAGACGCAUUUAAUAUGCCACCGUACAUAACGUUUUUCAUUUUAUGCGGCGCUUCUGUGGUGGCAUACACAACCCCCCCCCCCCCACACACACACACACACAAGACAAAGCAAAAGACAAACCCCCCCCCAAAAAAACAUUGAGGCUACGCUACUCACUGCAAGUACUCUGAUCCAAGUGUGGAUGGAUGUCCUCGUGAAGCUUGCUCUCUCCAGUUCUGUCCUCCCGUCCAGUUGCUGUAAAAUACUUUUAAGCAUUCCGGUUAAAUUCGCUGCCGAGUGCGGAGAGACGAACCACAGGUGACGCAGAUAUGAAAUAAGCAUGUAAUGCAAGUCAUAAGCAUAUUGAUAGAAACAGGCCUGGAAGUUAGCUCAUUGAUACGGUUUUUUCAGGUGAUAAAAUCUGGGGUAAAGAAAUAAAAUUGUUAGUGUUAAAACUAAAGCCGAUUUUGAAAAAUGAAUUAUGAUCCCCCCCUCCCCCACCUCAAUAUUGUGAUUUAAUAUGGUCUUUUCGCAUGCAUGUAUGUUUUAACAAACAACUGAUUUGUAUCGCAAUGAAGAAUAUCCGAUUCCUUUUAAAUACAUGUUUGGGAUUAUAGAUUAGGUUUAUCCGAAAAUAAAAGCAAAGGAACUACGAAUAUAUACGAAAGACAUGUUUAAUCUACUUUAGUUAAGAUUAUUCAUGUUUAAAUUGCAGCCUUUUAAGCGUCCACGACGACGACUGCACAAAAUUAAUUCAGUCAACAUGUCGGUCAGUAAAUCCUAAUUCAAAUUACGACAAUUAUGCAAAGCAAUGGGUUUAACAAUUCAAAUUUUCAUGCGGCAAACAUGUGGACUGAACUCCUUCAGCGUGGAAUUAUUGAGACACCAUAUAAAUAUAUUUAGAAAAAGUGCAUGUACCUACAUAUGAAAAAAUGAAGCCGAUCGAUCCAAUGAAAUGAAGCAGUACCCCCCCCCCCCAAUUGCAGCCACAGCAGUUUGAAAAUUGUGUUCCACUUCAAUGCUACGCCAAUUUGAAUUCAAUUUAUCGUUCAGUCACAGCUAAAAGUCACUAACUCAUAUAAAUUUGAACUUUUCCAACUGCUAUUUGUCCCUUUGAUGGUUUUGUACUUUUGUGUUGGGCCACCUCAAGACCAGGUUGUCGAUACCAGGCUGAAAUCAUCUUAUUUUAAAGGUAUCUGGUACUCAUGAAGGCAUCCGAUAUCAGCCAGUGGUUUGCCCAUCUACGGUGUUUUGUAUUGUGUGCAUUAAGCUAGCAUACCUUUCUAAGUAAACCUGUGUAGUUUGGUGAAAUGAACAAACUGUAAUUCUGUGUUUGAAGUUUUCCUGUCAAUUUCAACUGGGAAUGAUAAUAAACAGCUUUAAGCCAACAAUCACGCUCGUUAUUUAAGAAUUGUCAUCCAUCAACCAAGCUGCAGCUUGUUGUCAAGUUCGCUGCCAACAUCCACUAUUCAUAAGUAAACU